GUGUUGUUGGUGGCAACAAAAAGAAUAUAAAAUGCUUCCCCUCACUCUUUUAAAUGCAGCGCAAAACCGACCUAUGCUGGUCGAACUGAAAAAUGGAGAGACUUUCAACGGGCAUCUCGUCAACUGUGACAACUUCAUGAACAUAACUUUGCGUGAAGUCUACCAGACCUCUGCAGAUGCGGAUCGUUUCUGGAAACUGACAGAAUGCUACAUCCGAGGGAGUACCAUCAAGUACUUGCGUGUACCAGAUAAGUUACUGGAUGAAGUGAAAGAAGAGCAGAGUCGUGCCCGUGAAGCGGGUAGAGGUGCUAGAGGAGGAGCAGGAGGCGGUGCGCGUGGAGGAAGAGGUGCACCUGCACGAGGGCGCGGUGGGGCACGCGGUGCUCCUGCUCGUGGUGCAAGAGGUCGUGGUCGUGGAAUGUGAUCCACACAGUCCAGUGAGAAUUACCUUUCGCCAUUCGUACAUCGUUCGUCUGAGUAUAUUCUACACUCGUCUCAUAUUCUGUAUUUUGGUGAGCUUUUCGUUUAUUAGCCACCACUUUUCGAAUUGUUUGGCACCAGUCGCCAGAAGGACAGUGCUGAAAAUGCAGAUUGUCACUACCAGGUUCCUUUCUCUUCCUUUUUAUAGAACCACAUUCAUCGUAAUUGUUCGUCCAUCUCAGCCGUACGCAAUUCAUUAUAUGAAAUGUCGAUGUACUUCCUUGAGGUGGCACAUCGAGAAUCUCAGCAGUGCCGUUCUUCUGCCAAGACACCGUGGCGUCGUUUGUAUGCCUUACACGGAAACUUGUGCAAUCACUACUCUGAGUAUGGAGAACUUGUUGCCUCUAGCCUAUAUGUACCCGAGUCAGCGGCUGAACAGCGUCGAAAGGGCCCC